GACAUCGGACUCCUCCGCUCGACCAUCCUCCCCUCCUUCACCCUGCACACCACCCUCGACAUCGCGGCCUUCAUCGCCGCCAAAGCCACCAACCGCGCCGAGCUCAAGGACUGGGUCUGGCCCACCAGCCAGCUCCUCAACGCAUGGUGGAGCGCCCUCGGCCACCAGAUCUACCACCACCAACUCUCCCCGCAAACCGCCUGGUCGUCCCUCUCCUGGACCGACAAGGUGCUCCUCACCGCCGUCACCGCCUGGGCGACGCGCCUAUUCGCGCGCAUCGCCGCCCGCUCGCUUACCCGCGGAACAGACGACCCCCGCUACGAGCAGAUGAAGAAGGCCGACCCGAAGGGCUUCUGGUUGAAUGCGCUCUGGGGCCAGUAUCUCCCCGAAGCGGCGGUGUUGACCCUCGUGUCGUUGCCGUUCACGGUGCCGUUUCGGGGCGAGGGCAGCUUGUUGAAGAUGGAUGGCGAUGUCAGGGCCGUGGUGAGGGCGUUGGGCGUGGCAGCUUUUGGCGCCGGGUUUGCCCUCGAGGUCCUUGCUGAUGAGCAGUUGAGGGGACAUAAGGAGAGAAGGGGGACUGGGGAUCUGUGUACCACGGGCGUGUGGAGUAUUGUGCGGCAUCCGAAGUGA